AUGAAUCACAUUGGUGCCGGUCGCCGUGCCUCUCGCUCUUUGUAUGGAAAACUCUUCAACGUUGUUCCUGAUCCGGCUGCGCUCGAUUCCCAGCAUUCCCUCGAUCCCAUCGUCCCAGCCGCGAAAAGGUCUUAUACUCUUCAGAGUCUGUCGAGCCCGCAGGAGAGAUUUAUCGAGUAUGAGAAGAUCGACUUGGGCGAUAUCCCACCUCCUAACCCUGCCCAGACAUUCGGUCAGUCCCUCGAAAGGCCCAAAGAAGCCAUUCGCAGAGGGUUUUGGCCGAACUCGCACAAGCUGCUCCCUCACUUGGCGGCCAGUGCCGUCACGAUAGCAGUUGUCCAGCUGAGUUUCCGCGAUCGCUACUGGAUGGACUUGGUGGAUCCAAAUGUCCAGAUCCUCCCUGGCAUCACCCAGGGCGGCGCAAUGAACGCUCUCCAGCUGGCGGCGAAGCUCCACGAGUUGAUCCUUGUUGCUUCAUUGGGGACGAUUGUCAUGCAUGUUGCUCAGGCGCAUUUGGUGGGCACGCAUGGACUGCCGUUGGGGAUGCUCGCCAACAGUUUCGCCAUCGGUUCAGGAGACUAUAUGCGGACAAAAGGUUUCUGGUCCUCGAUCUGGACGGGCAAGGCGCACUACUGGCGCUUCUGGCUGCUCUCUGUGCUUGCCACCAUCCUGGCAACGUUGGCCGGUCCUUCUUCUGCCAUUGCAGUCAUCCCCUCUCUCAACUGGUUCAACGUCGAGAAACCCUUCGACAAUGAUAUGUUGCCGUUCUACAUCUUCAACCAGAGUACUGUCCUGUGGCCAGAAGACGUGACGCGCGCCAGUGAGAACGCUCCUGACUCAGGCAUCGACUGCGUCGGCGCUGCGAUAACGACCACCACUCAAGACGCCUGUCCGGCCGGAGGCUUCAGAGACACCUACACUUGGGCGGGCAAUCUCCUGUUUGCCAAUUCCAGCGCCGGUUCCAACAUCAGCUUUCCUGACGCCCGUGGAGAUACUCGGAGGGUGUUGGAAACGCAGAGCUGCGCCAGCGACUUCGACGGCAGAGCAUCUGGCAUGUCGAUGAACACCUUUAUCAGCGGAGCAUUGACGGCGUAUUGGACGUUUGCCCAGGACAACUGGGAGGGUCUUGCUCUUGUCAUGGCACAACCUAAAAUCAGCCUCCCCGGCCCCGUGUACGCACCCAAGGUCGAAGUCAUGUGCAACGGGUUCGACUAUUUCAAUGUCUCGGAGGUCGAAGCUCGGACUCAUGUCAACUUUCCCAGUUUCACCCCCGACAGGCAGCUUCCAAGCCCGGAAUACAUCCUGCCAUACCACAGCACACUCAACGACACGACAUUUGACUGGGUUCAAAUGCCAGCUGGACCCGGGAAUCCAGCCAUUGGUGCGGCGGUCCGAGUUCCCUGGGAAUACAUAGAAGUGGACGACAAGAGCCAGCAGUUGAGGCAAGCAACCGAGAUCCAUGCCUGUAGCAUCUAUGCGCAGUGGAUCCCCGUCGAUGUCUUCUACGAACCACGGACGAGCGACCAGGUUGGGUUCAAUGUCAAAGGGGAAAUGACCAACAGUUGCCUCUCGCUGCCCCAUGAAAAGGCCGCGGUCAAUCAACCGAUCAAGAACAUGACCAUCAGCCUGGAUUUCGCCAACGCGAUUAAUCAGAACAUUACUUUUGUGACGGGAGACAUCCCAGCAAUCGUAGCCAUGCUUCAAGAAGCGGUCUUCCCGGACGAGAAGGUCACCGACGAAGUGCUCAACACUUUCAGAUCGCCAUUUGUCGGAAGUGCGAAGUCGGGUGCCACUGCAAAUCUCACAGAUGCCGAAGUCCGGCAGAGUCGUGCCACGAUGAUAUCAACCCUCCUCGCGGGUGUCAUUACCGAUGGCCUGGCCCGGAUUGCUGGCAACGGGCUGUUCCCAUACUCUGCUCCCAUGUUCUUGACUAACCAGACCGAGGACGGCAGUCUCGUGGGCAGGUUCCCUGUCAGCAGCGCACAAGGCGGUGAAGAUACCAUUUUGAACGCCACGGUCGCCGACGUUCGCAACUGGCCGCGCAUUGACCCGGUGUUUCAGCGCUACGGGUACGGUUAUCGCUGGGAAGGCUCCAAGACCGUGCAAUUCGGAAUCAUUGUCCUUCUGAUUCACCUCGCCAUUGCCGCCGCGCAUUCGCUGUUCCUCAUUUAUAAACUCGUCAUCCAGAAGGAAGGGCUGGUGGCCGCCUGGACGACGGUCGCCGAGCUGAUAACGCUCGCAAUGAACUCGAGCCCGUCACCCAGGCUGCAGGACACCUGCGCAGGUGUCGCCGCGGCGAAAACGUGGCGGCAGGUCGUCACCGUGAGGGAGACGUAUCCAGGUCACCUGGAGAUGGUGGUCGGUCCCGAGGAAAAGGCCAAGCACCCGCGACCACGAGCAGGGCGAUUGUACGGGCACGUUCCUGAAAAUCAAGGGUUUGUCGACAAAGGGGAAGCCUGA